GAAUGGACAGACUACAAGCUCAGGUGGGACCCUGAAGAAUAUGGCGGAGUUUCCAAGCUCCAUGUUCCAGCUGAACAAAUAUGGCUGCCGGAUAUCGUCUUGUAUAACAAUGCUGACGGUAAUUACGAAGUGACCAUUAUGACGAAAGCUAUCCUUCAUUCCGACGGUUUGGUUAUCUGGCGUCCACCAGCAAUCUACAAGAGCUCCUGUGAGAUGAAUGUCCAAUACUUUCCAUUUGAUGAACAAACGUGCUUUAUGAAGUUUGGUUCAUGGACAUAUGAUGGUUACACAGUAAGUUAUAAUAGAUGCGAUAGUGUGCUGAUGAUGGUUACACAGUAAGUUAUAAUAGAUUUGUUGAUGUAUUGAUUAUGGUUACACAGUAAGUUAUAAUAGAUUUGUUGGUGUAUUGAUUAUGGUUACACAGUGAGUUAUAAGAGAUGCGAUAGUGUGCUGAUGAUGGUUACAUAGUGAGUUAUAAUAGAUGCGAUAGUGUGCUGAUGAUGGUUACACAGUAAGCUAUAAUACAUUUGUUGGUGUAUUGAUUAUGGCUACACAGUGAGUUAUAAUAGAUUUGUUGGUGUAUUGAUUAUGGUUACACAGUAAGUUAUAAUAGAUGCGAUAGUGUGCUGAUGAUGGUUACAUAGUGAGUUAUAAUAUAUUUUGGGGUGUAAGUUAUAAUAAUAGGAAUGUUUUCGUAUACUAGUAAGAAUCAUACAGUAAGUUUGUUACACUGGUAACCUUGUUAGAAGUAUACAGUUAGUUUUGUUAUACUGGUAGUCUGUUAAGAAUCAUACCGUUAGUUUUGUCAUACAAUGGGUGUACUAUAGGUUUUAAAGAACUGACAAGAUGUAUACAGUGAGUUUUGAAGGACAAUGGGUGUACCAUAGGUUUUAAAGAACUGACAAGAUGUAUAG